AUGACUGCAAACCUUGAAUGCGUGAUCGUGGCCGUUGAUGGAAGCGAGGAGAGUAUGUACGCCUUGAGAUGGGCCCUCGAUAACCUCAAGCUCCGAUCUGCUGCUCCCGACUCCACUGAAACCCCUGGCUCCUUUGUCAUCCUCCAUGUCCAAUCACCACCGUCUAUUGCUGCUGGCCUCAAUCCUGGUGCCAUCCCUUUCGGUGGACCCAGUGAUCUGGAGGUACCUGCCUUCACGGCGGCGAUUCAAUCGCAUCAAAGGAAGAUUACGGAGGCGAUUCUAGAACAUGCCUUGGAGAUUUGCCGUGAAAAGAAAGUGAAUGUGAAAACACAAGUGGUAAUUGGGGAUCCAAAGGAGAAGAUAUGUGAAGUUGUUGAGAAUCUUCAUGCUGAUUUGCUUGUGAUGGGCAGUCGUUCUUUUGGCCCUAUUAAAAGGAUCUUUUUGGGAAGUGUUAGCAAUUACUGCACCAACCAUGCACAAUGCCCUGUUAUUGUAGUCAAGGGAAAGGACCCUUCAUCAUAA